AAAAUAGUCACCGACUAAUUGGGCAGGCAUCACAACAGCGCAAACCGUACAGAUCUACGUCACGAUUGCACGACAACACCGAGUACCUCCCCUCUGCUAGCCCAUAGUUCUGCAAUCUGAAGGACACCAAACUCCCUUGCCUCGGCCCAUCCGCCAGCAGCAGCCUCUCGACGCAUACGGAACACCCCACCAACGCAUCUCCAAGAUGCCCCACGCUGUGUCGAUGCCCUCACCGGGCCUUCAGGCUCUGAUCCUUUGUGGUCCCGGGUCGUCGUUUCCGACCUUCACCUCGAACCCCGAUGAGAACCCCAAGGCCCUCUUGCCGAUCGCUAAUAGGCCUAUGGUCUGGUACCCCGUGGACUUCUGCUACCGCAUGGGCAUCACCAACAUCACUCUGAUCUGUCCCGCCUCUGCUGGGGAAGCCAUCACCACUGCCCUCAACACAAAUCCGUACUUGACGGCACUUCCCCUCCCCAGGCCAGACAUUCUCGCCCCCAAGGACCUGGACCAGACCACGGGCACGGCUGAGAUUCUUCGUCUUCCUGAGGUCAAAGAAAUCGUUACUUCCGAUUUCAUCGUGCUCCCCUGUGAUCUCAUCUGUGAGAUUGCCGGCGAAAAGCUGCUGCAAGCAUGGAUGGUGAAGGGCGCUAGCAUGUCGGAUCUCCUUAACGCACCAAAGUUCUCAACAGGCACUUCGAACCCAUUCAGUGGUGGACUCGGCGUUUGGUACGAGACCAAGACUGCGACGCCCGUCAAAGGAGAGGAGACGGACUUCAUUGCCGUCACUCCGUCGACCCCAUCCCACGUCUCGCCCCCCAAAGGAUCGUUGCUGCCACACCUCUCGAACCUCGUCUACUCCAUGCCUACGGACUCUCUCAAGGAUCUCACUGAAGAGAGAAAAGGUCUUCCUAUCCGUCACGGUCUCAUGAGGAGCCACCCACGGCUGAGAAUGCUCACCACCCACCGAGACGCCCACUUGUACAUCCUGCCGAGAUGGAUCAUGGAUUUUGUCGACAAGAACGAUCGCCUGGAGAACAUUGGCGAGGACGUCAUCGGCUGGUGGGCCAAAGCUGGCUGGCAGGCAGGCCUCGCCGAGAAACUCCAUCUGGACGAGGUCCUGCGCAAGGACGACGACGAGGACGACGACGAUUCCCUGCAGGAGAGCACAUCAUCGCCACAGGACGAAGACCCCGAAGAACUUCGACCGUAUCGAGGCACGGAAGACGGCAGAUAUGCCGACUCUCGGCACUCGGACGACGCGAAAGCCCACGGAGCGGAGACCAGCGUGCCUCCGAUGCUAGCCUACGUGCACCCUUCUCAGCCCGACGCACCCAUCAUCAGGCGCGUAGAUACAGCCCAGCUCCUUCUGAACGUGUCAUUACAGCUGGCCAAGGUGCCAUCGGUGGAGGAGACGGGCGCUGAUGCGGCGUCCCCCUUUGCCCACGCCAAGAAGGUGGCAUACCCAGAGGGUGUCAAGGGUCGUACAACAAUCACCAAGGCCGACAGCCUUGUCGGCGAAAACGUCACGGUGGAGGAAAAGGUCUCCGUCAAGGAGUCCGUCGUCGGCGCCGGUUGCCAGCUAAACGAGGGAGCUAAGCUGUCCCAGUGCCUGCUGAUGGAGGGUGCCGUGGUAGGCAAGAAUUGCAAGCUCACGAGAUGCAUCCUCGGCAAGAGAUGUGUCAUUGGGGAUAACUCGGUCUUGACAAACGUCGAGGUCCAAGAGAACCUGCUUGUCGAAGCCAAGACCGAGGAGAAGGACACGAAGCUGAUGAGCUCUGACGGUUUGGAAGCCACCGAAGAGGAGAUGCAGGGAGUACUGGAAGACAUGGACAACGAGAUCAUGGCCCAGAACGAGGAGGCGGUAGAAUAAGACCCGGAGUCGGCUCAAGAAGAAAGAAAGGCUCACACUGCUUUGCAGCCGGACCCAUCAGCUAGACCUUCUUUUCCGUGAUGCCCUAUCGUGUUCCAUCGUGUGCUGACGGCGCUCCCCUUCUAGAAUGCCACGAGCGCCACCUGGUCCGAGAUAAAAGCAAUAUUGGCUUGGGAGUGUGGAAUGAUGUGUUUGGUACUAGCCACCGCCGAGGACGAGCCACCGCUCGCUAGAUUCCCACGGAAAGGGCGGAAGGCGCCAUGGCAGCAGCAAAGACC